CUAAGCAACCCGAGCGGGCUCUACUCAGUGUUUUCGAGCCCCCCACGCCUCCAGUGAGCCGCAAGCGACUUCCACCUGGGCCAGUCCGGCCUCCGCGUCCCGGGCCGGUCCCCGCACAGGGCGGAGCUGGCCCGGCCCGGAGCUCGCCCCGCCCCGCCUCGCCGUAAGCUGACCGUGUGGCGGCCGGGCGGGGGCCUGGCAGGGGAGAGAAGGGGAGGAGAAAGGAGAGGAGGAAAGUGGAGCCUGGCGGGCCGGAGGGAGGAAAGGAAGGGGCGGAGGCGAAGGGCAGAGUGUGCCGGCGCGCGGGGGAGCCUCGGCGCGGGGCGCGUCUAGGAGCCCAAGUCGCGGCCGCGGAGCGGAGCCAGCCCCUCCCCUGCCUAGAGCCGACCGCCAGGGCCGUCCCGAGCCGCGACACCCCAGGCGUCCCGGCCCGCCAGCCAGGGCAGCCGAGGCCCCGGGACUCGGCCGUGAGCGCUGCGGGAGGGAUGGUGGCGGCGGGGCGCGGGCCAGAGCGGGCGCCGUGAGCCGGAGCUGCGCGCGGGGCAUGCGGCUGCGGCCGCGGCCCCCAGCCCUCGGCCCCCGCGCUCCGGCCCCCGCCCGCCCGCACGCCCGCCCCCGCGGAGUGCAGCGCCCUCGCCGCCGCUGAGGCAGGCGCCCCACCAUGCCGCGGGCCCCAGCGCCGCUGUACGCCUGCCUCCUGGGGCUCUGCGCGCUCCUGCCCCGGCUCGCAGGUCUCAACAUAUGUGCUAGUGGAAGUGCCACCUCAUGUGAAGAAUGUCUGCUAAUCCACCCAAAAUGUGCCUGGUGCUCCAAAGAGGACUUUGGCAGCCCACGGUCAGUCAUCUCUCGGUGUGAUUUGAGGGCAAACCUUAUGAGAAAUGGUUGUGGAGGCCAGAUGGAGAGCCCAGCCAGCAGCUCCCGUGUCCUGCGGAGCCUGCCCCUCAGCAGCAAAGGUUCCGGCUCCGCAGGCUGGGAUGUCAUUCAGAUGACGCCGCAGGAGAUUGCCGUGAACCUCCGGCCGGGUGACAAGACCACCUUCCAGCUGCAGGUUCGCCAGGUGGAGGACUAUCCUGUGGACCUGUAUUACCUGAUGGACCUCUCCCUGUCCAUGAAGGAUGACUUGGACAAUAUCCGGAAUCUGGGCACCAAACUCGCAGAGGAGAUGAGGAAGCUCACCAGCAACUUCCGGUUGGGGUUCGGGUCUUUUGUCGAUAAGGACAUUUCUCCUUUCUCCUACACGGCACCGAGGUACCAGACCAAUCCAUGCAUUGGUUACAAGUUGUUUCCAAAUUGCGUCCCCUCCUUUGGGUUCCGCCAUCUGCUGCCUCUCACAGACAAAGUGGACAGCUUCAAUGAGGAAGUUCGGAAACAGAGGGUGUCCCGGAACCGAGAUGCCCCUGAGGGAGGCUUUGAUGCAGUACUCCAGGCUGCUGUCUGCAAGGAGAAGAUUGGCUGGCGAAAAGAUGCACUGCAUUUGCUGGUGUUCACAACAGACGAUGUGCCCCACAUCGCAUUGGAUGGAAAACUGGGAGGCCUGGUGCAGCCACACGAUGGCCAGUGCCACCUGAAUGAGGCCAACGAGUACACUGCAUCCAACCAGAUGGACUAUCCAUCCCUUGCCUUGCUUGGAGAGAAAUUGGCAGAUAACAACAUCAACCUCAUCUUUGCAGUGACGAAAAACCAUUAUAUGCUGUACAAGAAUUUUACAGCCCUGAUACCUGGCACAACGGUGGAGAUUUUAGACGGAGACUCCAAAAAUAUUAUUCAGCUGAUUAUUAAUGCAUAUAACAGUAUCCGGUCUAAAGUGGAGCUGUCGGUCUGGGAUCAGCCUGAGGAUCUUAAUCUCUUCUUCACUGCUACCUGCCAAGAUGGGGUAUCCUACCCUGGUCAGAGGAAGUGUGAGGGCCUGAAGAUUGGGGACACGGCAUCCUUUGAGGUGUCAGUGGAGGCCCGAAGCUGCCCCAGCAGACACAUGGAGCAUGUGUUCACCCUGCGGCCAGUGGGAUUCCGGGACAGCCUGGCAGUGGGGGUCACCUAUAACUGCACAUGUGGCUGUAGCGUGAAGCUGAAACCGAACAGCACCAGCUGCAGCGGGAGCGGAACCUAUGUCUGCGGCCUGUGUGAGUGCAACGCCGGCUACCUGGGCACCAGGUGCGAGUGCCAGGAUGGGGAGAACCAGAGCGUGUACCAGAACCUGUGCCGGGAGGCAGAGGGCAAGCCGCUGUGCAGCGGGCGUGGGGAGUGCAGCUGCAACCAGUGUUCCUGCUUCGAGAGUGAGUUCGGGAAGAUCUAUGGGACUUUCUGUGAGUGCGACAACUUCUCCUGUGCCAGGAACAAGGGAGUCCUCUGCUCAGGCCAUGGCGAGUGUCACUGCGGGGAAUGCAAGUGCCACGCAGGUUACAUCGGGGACAACUGUAACUGCUCGACAGACAUCAGCACAUGCCGGAACAAAGAUGGCCAGAUCUGCAGUGACCGCGGGCACUGUCUCUGUGGGCAGUGCCAGUGCACAGAGCCGGGGGCCUUUGGGGAGAUGUGUGAGAAGUGCCCCACCUGCCCGGAUGCAUGCAGCACCAAGAGAGAUUGCGUCGAGUGCCUGCUGCUCCACUCCGGAAAACCUGACAACCAGACCUGCCACAGCCUGUGCAGGGACGAGGUGAUCACGUGGGUGGACACCAUCGUGAAAGAUGACCAGGAGGCUGUGCUUUGUUUCUACAAAACCCCCAAGGACUGCGUCAUGAUGUUCACCUACGCGGAGCUCCCCAGUGGGAAGUCCAGCCUGACGGUUCUCAGGGAGCCAGAGUGCGGAAACACCCCCAACGCCAUGACCAUCCUCCUGGCUGUGGUUGGCAGCAUCCUCCUGGUUGGGCUUGCACUCCUGGCUAUCUGGAAGCUGCUUGUCACCAUCCAUGACCGGAGGGAGUUUGCAAAGUUCCAGAGCGAGCGAUCCAGGGCCCGCUAUGAAAUGGCUUCAAACCCACUGUACAGAAAGCCCAUCUCCACGCACACCGUAGACUUCACCUUCAACAAGUUCAACAAAUCCUACAAUGGCACUGUGGACUGAUGUUUCCUUCUCAGAGGGGCUGGAGGGAGGAACUCAUAAAAAAGUCAGACUGAAACGCCUUGCAUGGCUGCUCGACUUGAUCACAGCUGCCUAGGUAGGCGCCACAGAGAAGACCUUCUAGUGAGCCUGGGCCAGGAGGCCCCAUGGCCUGCACAGGAAGGUGCCUGGCCGUGUCACCUGGCUGCUAGACCACUGCCACUCCAGGCUGCAUCCCUCCGAGCUUGGGAUAAAGCAAGGGGACCUUGGCGCUCUCGGCUUUCCCUGCCACAUCCAGCUUGUUGUCCCAAUGAAAUACUGAGAUGCUGGGCUGCCUCUCCCUUCCAGGAGUGCCGGGCCCCUGGCCUGGCCAGACAAGAAGACUGUCAGGAAGGGUCAGAGUGUGUAAAACCAGCAUGCGGUUUGGCUUUUUUCACACUGAUCAUUUUUUUAUGAAAUAAAAAGAUCCUGCAUUUAUGGUGUAGUUCUGAGUCCUGAGACUGUUCUGCCUGUUGGCUGUGGCUUGCACACAGGUGUUGGUGAUGGGGCUGUUGAGAUGCCUGUCGAAGGUACUUCAUUUGCAAAUGUCCGUUUCUUCUCCUGUCUGUGUUUGUUUAGUGCUUUUGUAAUGAAAAGAAACAAGAUUGUUGGGGAUUGAAAGUAAAGAUUAAAACCAAAAUAAUUUGUGUUUGCCUGAUA